AUGGAAGAUUAAGUUACUCGUUUUAAGAAUAAGUAUUUAGUAAAUCGUAGUAAUACCAAAAGAAUGACCAUACGAAAACCUUAAUUGGAACAUUCACCUGAUAAUUGGAAGGAAAUGUUUGGUAACUUCCUAAAUGAUAUUUCGUUAAAAAAGAAACAUCAUAGAGAAAAGACAAUGAAUGUAAGAAUAAUGUUAUUAAUAAUGAUAGCAUCUUUAAGAUCCUUUGGUUCAUGAGAAUCCUCUUUCAAUACCAUGUACAACAUAAAGAUUUAAAUUGGAAUUAUUUAAAUAUCUUGAAGGUGAAUAAAGUGUUUAGGAAAUGAUGAAUUCUAUAAAUUUUCCUGGAUUGAAAGUAAUUAUAUUCUUGGACAAGAGUAAGAAAUAAGCCCAGACUAAACAACUAUGAAAUAACAUGUUUAAAAGUUGCGUAAUUUCAGAAAUCAACAUAGUGUGCCUGUGUAUGAUAAUUCUACUCAUACAAUGCAAAUGAG